AAUUUUAGACCUUACAAUAGCUGCCACCAGAAACAAGAGUACAAAAACUCAAUAGACAUGGCCAAUACUAGUAAUUUGCCAUCAUUUCUUAUGUUGGCCUUGGCCUUGUAUGUCGUUGCAGCACAUACAAGUGCUCAGUGCAAAUACUCUCCAUCAUCACCACCACCGUAUGUCUAUAGUUCUCCACCACCAUAUGUCUACAGUCCCCCACUACCAUCUCCAUAUGUUUACAAGUCUCCCCCACCGGCUCCUUACCUCUAUAGCUCCCCACCACCUCCUCCAUACGUCUACAACUCUCCACCACCACCUCCUCCAUACGUCUACAGCUCUCCACCACCACCUCCUCCAUACGUCUACAGCUCUCCACCACCACCUCCUCCAUACGUCUACAGCUCUCCACCACUACCUCCAUAUGUUUAUCUUUCUCCUCCUCCUCUUUCAUUCGUCUACAGCUCUCCACCAUCCCCUCCAUAUGUUUAUCAGUCUCCUCCUCCUUUUCCAUUCAUCUACAGCUCUCCACCACCGCCUCCAUAUGUUUACAAGUCUACCUUUCAUCGUCCAUUCAUCUACAGCUCUGCACCACCUCCUCCAUAUGUUUACAAGUCUGCCCUUCAUCGUCCAUUCAUCUAUAGCUCUCCACCACCCCCUCCAUAUGUUUACAAGUCUGCCCUUCAUCUUCCAUUCAUCUAUAGCUCUCCACCACCCCCUCCAUAUGUUUACAAGUCUGCUCUUCAUCGUCCAUUCAUCUACAGCUCUCCACCACCCCCUCCAUAUAAUAAGCAAUAAAAAAUUAUUUUCUAAAUUGUCAUAUAUAAGAACUGAAAUGUAUUUCUUUGGUUAUACACCAUGUGCACUUUUGUUGUUUAAUUGCAUCUUAUGAUGUUGUUUAACUCUUUAAAAGAUCGAUGUGCUUGUCCUCCGUCUUUUACUGUCUAAUAAACUCAAUAAAUUUUAUUGAAACAGUUUAAAUAAA